AUGGCGACGCUCUCUGCGAUGGGCGUGCCACCGCCCGAUGGGAUGGAAGAUCCCGACUUGUUGCUGUUGUUGCUACCGCUGGUCAUUUUGAUAUGUGCGAUUGUGUUGGUGGCGAUUACGCCGUGCGUAUUCUACGUCGUGCUGCGCCUCCGCGGCCGUAUCACCCUCGGCGAUCACGAGGGGCCGGUGAACAUUGCGUUCGAGGAGCAGAUGGAGAGCCGCGGCUCGUCGCUGCAGGCGCAGCAGCGCUGGGCCGAGCAGGCUGAUGACGGGGCACGGCUGGGGCACGAACGCGCGGUGCAGUGGUGCACACAGCACCCCCCGGCGUCGCCCAGAGAUACGGACAUCACCAUGCCACAGUUCCUCGGCAUCCAGGAAAAGGGCGUCAGCGCAUGGAACUUUGAUACAGACUACGAGGCGAAUCCGGGCGUGAUGGUCUCGGCACGUACCGAGCUGCAGUUCUUUGCGGAUAGCGCGGGGAUGGCGCCGAGCGAGGGCGGCGCGUGCGCGAUGCAGACCAACCUCCCGCUGCCCAAGGUCAACGAAGUGUAUUACUGGGAGGCCAAGAUAUUUUCGAAGCCGGCGUCGACAUCGAUCGCCGUGGGCCUCGCGACCAAGCCCUAUCCGCCGUUUCGCUUCCCGGGGCUCUGCCGGCACUCGGUGGGGUACUUUUCCGAGGACGGGUUCAAGUGCUACAACCACCCGCUCCACGCCCAGUCCUACGGGCCGGCGUUUAUGCAGGGCGACGUCGUGGGCGUGGGGUACAGGCCCCGCUCCGGCGCCGUGUUCUUUACACGCAACGGGCGGCGCAUGGAAGAGGCAUACGUCGGCCUGCACGGCUGCAACCUCUUUCCCACGAUUGCCGCCAACGGCGCGGCCGAGGUGCACGUGAACCUCGGCCAGGCCGGCUUUGUCCUGAUCGAGGGCAACGUGAAAAAGUGGGGGCUCGCGCCGAUGGUCGGCACGCUCGCCCCGCCGCCGGCGUACGGCCACGACAAGGGAAGCAUCCUCAUCCAGGCGGGCUACGAGCCGCGCCAGGACGCACACCCGACCGGCUCCUCGAGCCGCGACCCGACGCUCACGACGGACCGCGCGACAGGCGAGCUGGUGCGCGUCCCGUCGUACUCGGACGUCGCCCCGCCGGGGCCCAGCCCCAGCCGCACGUCUAGCAGCUCGGCACACACCGGGAUCCACAUGGACACGCUCACCGCGCCGCGGCGCCCGGCCGAGAGCCCGCCGCCGUACGAGCCGCAGAGCGCCGCCGCGCUGGGCCCGGCGCGCCACCAGCACCCGACGCCCCACGCCCCUUCCUUCUUCACUACCCUCCGCGGCUGGCUCGCACGCUGGAGCGCGCACCGCAACGCUCCGGCCGACUCCACGAACCCCACCGAGCUGGUGGGAGUCGUGGUCGAAUAG